AUGACCGAUGCACUGCUGCCCGCGGCCCCCCAGCCGCUGGAGAAGGAGGGCGACGGCUACUUUCGGAAGGGUUGCAAUCCCCUUGCACAAACUGGCCGGAGCAAACUGCAGAAUCAGAGGGCUGCCUUGAACCAGCAGAUCCUGAAAGCUGUGCGGAUGAGAACAGGAGCAGAAAAUCUUCUGAAAGCAGCCACGAACCAAAAGGUGCGGGAGCAGGUGCGCCUGGAACUCAGCUUUGUGAACUCAGACCUGCAGGUGCUCAAGGAAGAGCUGGAGGGGCUCAACAUCUCAUUGGGAGUCUAUCAAAGCACAGAGGAGGCAUUUAUGAUUCCCCUGAUUCCGCUUGGCCUGAAGGAAACCAAGGAUGUGGACUUUUCAGUCGUUCUCAAGGACUUCAUCUUGGAACAUUACAGUGAAGACAGCUACCUAUAUGAAGAUGAAAUUGCGGAUCUUACGGAUCUGAGACAAGCCUGUCGGACGCCCAGCCGGGAUGAGGCUGGUGUUGAACUACUGCUGAGUUACUUCAUCCAGCUGGGCUUUGUGGAAAGCCGGUUCUUCCCUCCCACCCGACAGAUGGGGAUCAUGUUCACAUGGUAUGACUCCCUCACUGGGGUUCCAGUUAGCCAACAGAACGUGCUGCUGGAGAAGGCCAGUGUUCUGUUUAAUAUCGGAGCCCUCUACACACAGAUCGGGACCCGGUGCAAUCGACAGACGGAAGCUGGCCUGGAGAAUGCAGUGGAUGCCUUUCAGAGAGCUGCAGGGAUUUUAAACUACCUGAAAGAGACAUUUACUCAUACUCCGAGUUAUGACAUGAGCCCUGCCAUGCUCAGCGUACUGGUUAAAAUGAUGCUUGCACAAGCCCAAGAAAGUGUUUUUGAGAAAAUCUGCCUUUCUGGGAUACAGAACGAAUUCUUCAUGCUGGUGAAGGUGGCUCAGGAGGUUGCCAAGGUGGCAGAAGUCUAUCGGCAGCUGCAUGCAGCCAUGAGCCAGGCUCCAGUGAAGGAGAACAUCCCCUACUCCUGGGCCAGCUUGGCCUGCGUGAAGGCCUACCAUUAUGGAGCCCUGGCCCACUACUUCACAGCCACCCUCCUCAUCGACCACCAGCUGAAGCCUGGUGCAGAUGAGGACCACCAGGAGAAGUGCCUGUCCCAGCUCUACGACCGCAUGCCAGAGGGCCUGAUGCCCUUGGCCACGCUGAAAAAUGGCCACCAGCGCCGACAGCUGGGCAAGUCCCACUUGCGCAGAGCCGUGGCCUAUCACGAGGAGUCCACGAGAGAGGCAGGCCUGUGCAAGAAGCUCCGCAACAUUGAGGUGCUGCAGGAGGUGCUCUCCGCAGCACACCAGCGGUCCCGGCUCAAGUUCAACCAGCAUCAAGAGGCUGACGAUCUGCUCAACUUGUUCGAGGCUCCUGACAUCAUUUCUAAAACUGAGCACGAGGUUGAAAUUAUACCACCACAGUUCUCCAAGGUGACAGCAACAGACUUCUUCCAGAAGCUGGGCCCUUUAUCAGUGUUUUCGGCUAACAAGAGAUGGACACCUCCUCGGAGCAUUCGCUUCACUGCAGAGGAAGAGGACUUGGGAUUCACCUUGAGAGGAAACUCCCCAGUUCAGGUCCACUUCCUGGAUCCUCGCUGCUCUGCUGCGCUAGCAGGAGCCAAAGAAGGGGAUUAUAUUGUUUCCAUUCAAGACGUGGAUUGUAAGUGGCUGACUGUGAGCGAGGUUAUGAAACUGUUGAAGAGCUCUGUGGAGGAUGACAUUGAGAUGAAGGUUGUGAGCCUCUUGGACUCCACCUCGUCCGUGCAUAGUAAGUGUGCCACAUACUCUGUGGGAAUGCAGAAAACUUACUCCAUGAUCUGCUUAGCCAUAGAUGAUGAUGAUAAAAUUGAUAAAACCAAGAAAAUAUCAAAAAAGCUUUCUUUUCUGAGUUGGGGCACCAACAAGAACAGACAGAAGUCGGCCAGCACUUUGUGCCUCCCAUCAGUGGGGGUCACAAGACCUCAAGUCAAGAAGAAGCUCCCCUCUCCUUUCAGCCUCCUCAACUCUGACAGUUCCUUGUACUAAUGUGAGGAAAUAAAAAUGUUCAGGCCCAGAAUAUUCCCGGUGCUCGUUAGGUCCUCAGACUUGUACCAUAAUGGAAAAUUUCCAAAUAUUCUCAAAUCCUAUUUUCUCACAGUGUAAACUUAACAAUUGAUGUCUUUAUGAAAUGUAAGUAACAAGAAACCUCUAGAUAUUUGUGGAAAACACACUUGUUUGGACAGUGUCACCAUAUUGCUGCAAGU